AUGGAUGUUCAACAGCUGUUUACAAAUCUCAAGAAGGAAGCCGAGUGUCCGCUGUGUCUAGAAACAGUCAAAGAUCCCAAGACACUGCCAUGUCUACACUCAUUCUGUCUGCAGUGUAUCGACAAGCACGCAGGAUAUGCAAAGAGAAAGUUAGAAACGACGAUCAAAUGUCCAGUUUGUCAAGCUUGCUUUCAGAUCCCCGAAGGAGACACGUUUGGCAGCCUUCCCACAUCUUUUCAUCUCAACCGAUUGGUGGACCUCCUUGCUCUGAGAGAUGGCAGCCAAGAGGCUCAGAGAUGCUGUAGUUGUGAAGAAAACAACUCGGCAACUUGCUACUGCUUUGUUUGCCAGAACUUUCUUUGCAAGGAUUGUUUUGAUGCUCAUCAGCGCCUGAGGGCCACGAGAGGUCAUCGCAAUGUUUUGAUCGAAAACUUGCAAGCGCAAGAUGUGGAGGACUUGAUGCACAGACCCGCCAUGUGUACAAAGAAAUAUCACGAGAAUGAACCGCUUGAUUAUUAUUGUCGAGACUGUAGCGUUUGUAUUUGCCACAAGUGCAGUAUAGUAAGUCAUAAUCGACAUACUUUAGUAGACUUACAGGAGGCUGCCGAAGAACAAAAGAUGCAAAUGACGCAAGUCUUUGCCAGAGUUAAGGAAAAACUUGUUACUGUGGAGUCAAAGAUAUCGGAGAAAACUGAACUGAUGAAACAAAGCGAAGAAGAAAUCUGCGCCGCUGAAAAGAAGGUUACGAAAACUGUGCAAGAAAUUAUUCGAAUUGCGAAGGAACAUGAAACGGCUGUAAAAACUAAGCUGGCAGAAAUUAGAGUCACGCAACAAAGAAUAUACGCAGCAAAAAUAGGAAGUGAUCAGUUACUUGCGGCUCAGCUAAAGAGUUCUGUCGAAUGUGGCGAAGGUAUCGUACAACGAAGCAUCGGUCCUGAAAUUCUGCAAGCAGGAAAUGCUGUGCUUGGUCGAUGCGAGGAACUUUUAACCACACAGGAUAUUGAAGUAUGUAAACCUCAACAUGUAGUCUAUUGUGUAAAUUUGGAAGCUAUGAAUACUGUCAGAGGCUUGGUUCCGGGUCAAGUAUUCGAGACUAACACGGAUCCUUCACAGUCAUCGGCAGAAGGAAGAGGUUUAAUCGAGGCUGAAGCAGGCACUGAAACUAGCUUUACAGUCACUACGCGAGAUUCAAAGGGAAGUCAAUGUUAUGAUGAACAAGACCCACUGACUGUAAUAGUCCGCUCUCAAAAGGGAGAAGAGGAGGAAACCAAAAUUGAUGACUGUAAGAAUGGAACCUACGUAGUGCGUUACAAGCCAAAGAGUGUUGGCUUACGUGACAUUUGCGUUAAGGUGAAUGGCCAACCGCUGACUGGUAGUCCCUGGACAGUUCAGGCGACUGGUCAUCAAUACAAAGUUAUUCAUUCAAUUGGAUCACAUGGGAAAGGACCGGGACAGUUUGAAAGACUAGGUAGCAUUGCAGUGAAUAAAAGAAAUGGAAAGAUUGCCAUAGCAGAUCCUGAUAAUCACAGAGUUCAUUUGUUUGAUCGUGAAUGUAAAUAUCUGAGAACAAUAGGAGACAAGGAGCUUGAUGCUGAGAUAAGCAACUUUACUCAUUCGGUGGAAUUUACAACAUCUGAUGAAGUCAUUGUCAUUCAUGGAGACAUUUUGGAACCGUGUAAGAUGUUAUUGUUUACUGAACAUGGCGACUUCAUUAAAGUCAUUAGUCAGCAUUUGAUUGAUCCUUGUUCCGUAUCUGUCAGAGAUGAUGGUCACAUGAUCGUGUGUGACUGGGGCGACAAGUCGGUCAAAGUCCUCUCCCCUGACGGUAGAGGAUUAGUACUGUCCUUCAAAGAACCACGCGGUUUUAGGAACCCGGCUCUUGCUGUUUAUCGUGAAGACAAGUUUUUUGUUUCAUUUGUCUCAUUUAACUAUAUUAACGUGUUCAACAACGAAGGACUUUAUCUGUAUGACAUUGGCAAGGAGGAACUCUGUGCAGGAAAACUCUUUUAUAAAAAAUUCACUAUUGACGCGUUUAACAAUCUGAUCGUGUGUGAUAACAACAAUAAUCGCAGAUUUCAAGUGUUUUCUUUAGAUGGAAAAUUUGUUUACUCGUUCAAUAUUGAAGAAAUUAAAUGUCCCUCGUUUGUCACUGCUUCUGAAGAUAAUAAGUUGUUGGUUUGCGAUAAUGAAAAGCACGUAGUCCAUGUUUUGCAGUAGAAAGUGAACAUUGCUCAACAGUUAUUCUGAUGCGAUUCUUUCAAUGUGGCCUUUGUUUCGUUGUAAGGUAUGACUCUUUACAGCCGCUGAAAUACUCCUCGCGGGCUCAAAAAGAAAAAGAAAGAAUGGAAAUUGGACUUUGUGAAUAUUUUAAAGAUAACUUUGUUCUAAUUUUGUUUUAGUUUAUUCAUUUUUUUCUUUCGUCGUCUUUGCGUUUGUCUCCAUUUAUUAGCUGUAAGUGAUUAUCCUUCAGAGUAGUAAAUAAAAUAGUAUUUGAUUUGGUGUGAAAAUUAGUGUAAAAGUGUGUAAUCUUGGAAGGAGAAUCUUGAAGAUUUUUUCCUCAUCAGUGUUGAUAGA